UAGAACUUUGACAAACAACUUAAGACUCGCAAUAUUCCCUUCAAAGUAACGAGAUGUCAACUUUGACGAGUGAUCAACGUUUUGUGGUGCUUCUGCUUAUUGGAUUGGCCAGUGGUGCUUGGUUAAGUGUUGGCACCACCGCACAGACUUUUACCUCGGAAGAUCGUGGCUCUAUACUCAAAUUUAUGGAUGUGCUGAUGAAUUUCUUGGAUGCCGAAUCGGACAAUGCCACUGUCACUGAAAGCCCCAACAAUAAUGGCACAACCACAGAAAAUGUGGAAAGCACCACUGUAUCAGUCAAUGGCACAACCGAUAGCUCGUCCUCUGAGUCAAGUACAGCCAGUAAUGCCACAGAGUCAAGCACCAGUAGUUCUACACAAAGUAGCGAGAGCACUGAGGCAACGAGUAACAGCACCACAGUGGCUACAAAUGCAACAGACACGAGUAGCAGCAGCACCACCAGCACCACUGUGACGCCUGCACGACGACGCAUUUGCUUUAAGCGUGUCUGCUAUAAGUUCAAGAACGAUAAAGGUUAUAUAUAUUAAUGGUAUAACGAAUAAAAUCGUCACUCGUUAGUUUU